AUGGAGACUCCACGCAAUCGCAAACAGCGGCGCGCAGCAGCAACUUCCACUCAUGACGAACCCGAAGUUCCCAUGGCCCAUCCGCCGCGCAACGAUCCAACCCAAAACAAACCGACCGUCGAAAAAACGUUAUAUGACAUCAUCGCGGAGCGACAACACGGGCAGAACAAGAAGGGAGGCAAGAUCCCCGCAGCUGCGGAAGGAUUAGGAAUUCCCUCUCAGUCAGGGGGGACGCGAUUCGUCACGGUCGAUGCGUCCGGAGAACUGGUAGACACCCACGGGGACAUCAACGACCACCUCUCAGAAACCUCUAAGAGCAAAUCUGGCAAAGCAACAUCGACACCGAAGACAGCCUCUCAGCCCGGACCCGAAUCAGAGGCAGAGGCUGUAGUUGACAAGCCACUUCCACCAUUCCUCGACACCAUACUCCUUUCUCUGCCGCUCACCACUCUCCACCUCACAUUGAGCUUCCUAGCAUCGCAUCAAUACGCCGAAACCACCGACGUCCCAAAACUCAUAAAAGACUCCGUCACAACUGCUUUCCCCCUCCUGACCCUGUUUGUUCACCUAGCGCAUGGACACAUCAUCUCCUUCGGGAAGCGCAAGUCGGAGAAUCAAACGCCAGAACCGUCUUUAUUCCCGUUGACGGCAGAUAAGCUCAAUGUCACGUUCCUUCGAAAAUUGGUUUUCCCUCCCGCGUUGCGGACUUUCGUUUUUCUGCCUGUGGCUGCCAUGCUAGGCGCGCAUCUGAUCGCUAUCACCAACGGCGAACCUUACUAUGCGGUCAUGAAGAAGGCCCCGGCUGUCGGUACCAUUUGGAUCUGGUGCAUUCUAGAGCUGUCUUUCGGGGCAGCCGUGCUUGGGGCCAUGGGCCCUUUGAUUUGGGGAGUUUGGUGGAUGGAUUAUGGCAUCUUUUGA